AAACAAUAUAAAAGAAGAAGAAUAUGGUCUACGACACAAUUUGUUAGAACUUUAACCAUUUAACAACCUAAACUGAUUUAUUCAAAUAACUUGGGUGGAUGUAUCAGAGAUGCGAUAUUAUUCAGCAAUAAAACAAGUAAAAAAGUAAAACCCCAUCUCGGGUAGUUGAUAUAGACAUUAUCCAAUGCCAGCUAUGUAUCAGCCUUCUUUCACAAUUAAUAUUUCGGAAGUGGAACCAGAUAGGAUUGACCUAAAUGUAGAACUAUCUUCCAAACAAAAUUAUGAUAAAUCUUUUACAAAGAGAACUGUAGUAGAGGUACUUGAUAUUUCGCCAGCACAAAUUUGUUGUUGGAACAAAAUUAGUAAACAAAAUGAAGAAACUAACGGAUUUUCAUAUGAAGACUGUGAAUGUUAUAACACCAUGAAUACUAUAGUAAACAAAAAGGAAGCACAAUUGCAAGACUAUAUUACAACCAAGGUACUACCCAAGAUGAACUUCAAGGGUAAAAACAGAAUAGAAAAAGCAAAAAUGAGAAGAUUAAGGCCCAAAGAAAUUUUAUCUAAUUUUCAACAAAGUGAACGACAAGUUACCAGUGUUUUAGUUCAAGAUUGUGCUAAAAGUUUGAACGUCAGGAUAGCCAAAUCUCCUGCAAUAGAGAGACUGCUUGAAAGGAUGUGUUUAACAUUGCCAAAAAAUGGAUUAAAAAAUAAUGUCAAAAACAAUCUAUCUCUAAUGAUAAAUCGUGAAGAAAUUUUUGAAUUGUUUAUAAUAAAAAAUGCUGUACAAUUCGCUGAUAAAAUAAUCUAUAAAAAACCGUUGUUACUUUUGAAUAAGUACAAUUUUUCAAGUAUCGAAUACGAAACUGAAAGUCUGAAAGCAAAUAUUGUUUUCCCAGUUAAUAAAGUGGGAUGUUUAUUAAAAGAAAUUUUGAAAAACCCCCAAGUUUUUUUAGCCGUAAUGAAAGGCUAUGUAAAACUAGUAAAAUCUAGUAUUUUAUAUAGUUAUUUAAAUGACGAGAAUGUUUAUGUUUAAUUAAAAAAUUUUCAUAUUUUUAACGUGAAAUUUUUAUUUUUAUGACCAAAGACUGUAUAAGCUCUAAUAAAAUUUUGAUAUGUUUACAA